AUGCGGGUGCUGAACUGUCUUUGGCUGCCCCUUGCUGCCUCGCAGGUGACAGUGACUUUUCGACCCCACUGGGUGCACGUCUUACCCGGAAGACCUGUGGAGCAAGCGCUGGUCGUCGAUGUCCUCGCACCGCAGGCAACCGGUGAACCUCCACCCCAGGAGCUCGCCUUGCUUGUGGACGUAUCUCUGUCCAUGGCGGAGGGAGGAAAGCUUGAACUGGCAAAGGCUGCCGUGGACCGGAUCAUCCGUUCCACCAGACCUCAAGACAGGAUCCAUCUGAUUUCCUGCCACAGCUUCGCAAGACUGGAGUUCCAGCAUGGCAGCAUUGCCCAGAAGGAUCAGCUUCUUGACAAGCUGCGUCAGCUGUCUGCCAAGACCAUGACGAAAGAGAGACAGAUCGAUGGAAGCCUGGUCGACCAGGAUAUCAGCAACAUCAGUGAUGGUCUGCGAUAUGCCGAGCACAUUCUCGUGGGCCCCCUGGCUACGCCACGGGUGAACACAACGCGGAGGGCAAUGCUUUUUUCUGAUGGCUUGUUCACUGGACGAUUCUCACGCUACGACACAUUCUUCGAUGCUAUCGGAGCUGCGAAGAUGGCUGGA